AUGGCGCAGAACAAAGGGGAUGAAGAGCAGACUUUGGAAACGUCGAGUAUGUAUCCAACAAUACAUCCGUACCAACGGUGGUUAUCCGAGGGGGCUACAAGCGUGCCGCCUACGGGGUUGAAUCGAAGUUGUGCUAGGAUAAGUGACAUGUUGGAUGAUCAGCACAAUUUGUUGAUGACGCGUGUGUCAGCUGUAAGUGCGGCAGUGGAUGUUUUAGAGGAUGAUUUGCGACGUUUGUUAGAGAAGCAAGAUGCGCUAAAGUAUAUCGCUAUGUGUAUGGAUACCCCACGUGUGAAAAAUUCACACAAUUAUAUAGAUGACAAUCUCAGUCUGCCCUCACCUCUUCCGUUUCUUCUUGAUGAGUGCGGGUCCACCCCAAUGGCCGUCGUCGCUGGCUGGGGACUCGAGUCGGAACAAGUUGGACAAGACGCUGCCGCCGCCCGAUUCGCACUUCAGUCCCUCUCCACCUUGCUGGAACACACCAUCGAACUCACUCGAGGAAGAAAUGCCAAACUUGUCAUACCCUGCUUCCAGUCACCCCUCAUCCCCUAUCCCAAUCUCGCCGCCACCCCGCUUGAGACUACCAGACCGGAUGUUGUAGACGGGGCCACCUUGUCUGGGGGGGCCACCUUGUCUGGAGCCACCUUGUCUGGAGCCACCUUGUCUGGUUGCACACCAUCUACACAUACAUUGGACCUAAAUACAAACUACGACAAGACGUUCGUAAGCUCGCUCCUGAUGAACGCCCUCUGUCGAGACGUGCGAGCCACCACUGCUCACUGGGCCCGACUGACCACGUCCUUCUGUCCGUUGGUGUCUGCGGCACUUCAGCUAGCCGGCAGCUCGACCGCCGCGAAUAAAAACUCUUGUCGUGGCGCGACCCCGAACUCGAGGACCGAAGAGAGGAGUGCCGAAGAGAGGAGUGCCGAAGAGAGGACUACGUUGCCGCGAGUGGUGUAUGAGUAUGACGUGUCGAGUCUUGCUUACAAUGCCAGCGCUACCGUCUGCGCGCCGAUGACAGGGUUGAGUUACUGCCUAAGUGUGGGGGGACUGCAGGUACCUGCCAAGAAACGUGAAGAAGGAUUGAAGAUCGACAUUGCGCCAUCUUU